CAACCAACUAUCUGUGAUUUCUAUAGUGGGUAUGGGUGGUCUGGGUAAAACUACUCUUGCCCAGCUCGUAUAUAAUGAUAGAAGGGUGAUGGAUGGAUUCAACCUCAAAGUUUGGGUGUGUGUCUCGGAUGAGUUUGAUGUGUUGAGGGUAACAAAAACAGUUUAUGAGGCAAUCACUGGAUCUAAGGAUGAUACCAAUGAUUUAAAUAUGCUUCAAAUUAAAUUGAAACAACAACUAACUCAAAAGAGAUUUCUCCUUGUUUUAGAUGACGUGUGGAAUGAAAAUUAUAUGCUAUGGGAGGCCUUGCAAUCACCAUUUAAUCAUGGGGCUAUAGGAAGCAAAAUUCUUCUAACCACCCGCAAUCAAAAAGUUGCUUCAACCAUGCGUUCUGCUAAUAUACUUCAAUUGAAGCCGUUAUCGAAAGGAGAUAGUUGGUCAUUAUUUAGUAGAUAUGCAUUCCAUGAUGGAAAUGUUCUUUGUGCAAACUCUGACCUUGAAGAAAUUGGUAGAAAAAUAAGUAAAAAAUGCAAAGGACUGCCUUUGGCUUUGAAAGCCAUUGGGAGUCUCUUAUACACAGAAUCAUCUCAUGAGCAAUGGAAUGAAAUUUUGGAAAGUGAGAUAUGGGAGGAGAAAAGCGAUAGCAAGAUUCUCCCUGCUUUGAGAUUGAGUUAUUACUACCUCCCCUCUCAUCUCAAAAGAUGCUUUGCUUAUUGUUCAAUAUUUCCUAAAGACUAUGAUUUUGAUAAGGAGCAUUUGAUUCAGCUGUGGAUGGCAGAAAAUUUUCUAACAUGUGCUCAUCAAAGCAAAGAUGGGAGAGAAGUAGGAGAACAAUUCUUUCAUGACCUAUUAUUGAGGGCUAAUAAAUUGCGCACUUUCUUGCCUCUAUCUAUGCGAGGUCAUAGAAGCACAAGCUGUAACUCCAUUCUUCACUUUAUAUCUGGCAAGUUUACUCACAAUUUGCCAUCCAAGUUCACUUGCAUGCGAGUUUUAUCUUUGUCUGAUCAUUUCAUCAAGCAGUUACCUGAUUCAAUAGGAAACCUCAAACAUCUCCGUUAUUUGGACUUAUCAGGAACUAAAAUAAGGAAACUGCCUGAUUCAAUAUGUGAACUUCAUCAUUUGCAAACGCUAAAGUUGUGGCUUUGUCGUCUUUUCGAAAAGUUGCCCACGGAUUUUCAUAAACUCAUGAAUCUAUGUCACCUUGAUUUUCGUGAAACUCAAGUCAGAGAAAUGCCAAGGCAAUUGGAUAAAUUGAAAAAUCUUCAAGUGUUGUCAUCAUUUAUUAUAGACAAAUCUGGAGAGACCAGCAUCAAAUAUUUAGAAGGACUUAAUCUUCAUGGAUCAUUUUCUAUCUUGGGAUUGCAGAAUGUGGUUUCUUCCUCAGCUGCUUUAGCAGUCAAUUUGAGAAGCAAGAUUCACCUAAAGGAGUUAACAUUAGAAUGGUGCAUAGACAACAAAAAAUCACCACAUGACAAGGAUGUGCUGGAAAACUUCCAACCGCAUGAAAAUUUAAAAAAGCUAUCAAUUGGCAACUAUGGUGGUAUCGACUUUCCAAAUUGGCUUGCAAAUCCUUCAUUGUCUAAUUUAAUGUCUCUGGAGCUAAGGCAUUGCAAAUACUGUAUAUCCUUGCCAUCAAUUGGCCUCUUUCCAUCUCUCAAGUCGUUGUCAAUUAUAGGGUUUGAUAAUAUAGUGGCUAUCGGUCCAGAAUUUUGUGGAAGUAGCUCUAAUGCUUCAUCCCUAGAAAUCUUGAGGUUUGGAGAUAUGGAGAGCUGGGAGGAAUGGAAUUGUGAAAUUUUGUCACUAACUUUUCCUCAUCUUCAAGAGUUGAGUAUAGUAAAUUGUCCCAAAUUGAAAGGGCAACUUCCUCAACAACUCCCUUCUCUAAAGAUGCUAGUAACUUCCAACUGUGAGAAGCUCUUGUCUUCCAUUCCACAGGAUCCAUCUCUAGAUAAAUUGAUUCUAAGAAAUUGUGGAAAUGAUCAGUUAGAAAGUCUUCCAUCAUCUUUAAAAGUCCUUAGCAUUUCUGGAGGCUUCAAAAAUUUAUUAUCAGUUGACAAAAUUGAGAAUGUCAUUGCUAAUUGUAACCUCAAAGAGUUGAAGUUUUCUGAUUGUCCCCACCUAGAAUUCCCACUAGGCUAUUUUCAUAACUUCAUUCUUGAGAUGGAGAUAAGAGGGAGCUGUGACUCUCUCAAGUCUUUUCCUUUGGAUUUCUUCCCGAUGCUUCAAUCAUUGAAGUUGAUUGACUGUAAUAAUCUUGAAACAAUAUCUAUUUCAGAGGGGAACCAUUUUUCUCUAGCAAAUUUGUACAUACGAAAGUGUGCUAGAUUUGCACGUUUUCCUGAAGGAGGGUUUUCGGCCCCCAAACUAGUAUUGUGUUGCAUCGAAGAAUUGAAGAAUUUGAAAUCAUUGCCAGAGAAGAUGCGCAUUUUCUUUCCCUCCCUCAUAUAUCUGGUAAUAAGAUGUUGCCCACAAGUGGAAUCAUUUUCAGAGGAAGGUUUCCCAUCAAAUCUCCAAUAUCUUGAUGUCUUGGAAUGCCCGAAACUUGUAGCCUCUCAAAUGGGGUGGCGUCUGAGUAGCCUUACUUCGCUGCGUCACUUAGGGAUUGGAGAUGCAGAUGACGAGUCUCUUCCUGAUAUUGGACUACUUCCGCCACUAUUACUUGUCUUUCGUUCCAUAACUGCCCAAAUCUUAGAUCAUUGGAACACAAAGGUCUUUGCCACUUAUCCUCUUUAG